AUGAUACACGAAGAACGUAUUCAUAUCUAUCAAAGAGAUUUUAUUCGCAAAUUUCAAAGCAUUGCUGCCCCACCACCGAAAAUACCUAGUAAAUGGACUAGAAUUCGCACCGGACUAGGUGAUCUGUUUCGGGAGUUCUGCGCAAAUAGUACCAUUCACGGUAUCAGCUACAUUGGAUCCAAACGACAGUCGGUAUGCGAAAAAUUCUGGUGGAUUCUCGUCAUUCUAAUGUCUCUGUACGGUUGCGGUAACCUGAUCGAUAACAUCUAUCGCAAGUGGGAAGAAAAUCCAGUGAUUAUCACGUUCGACGAGAAGCAUACACCGGUUUGGGAAAUUCCAUUUCCGGCCGUGACAAUCUGCCCGGAGGCGAAAGUGAAGAAAACAUUUCUCAACUUUACGGAAUCGUUUUACAAGUUUGCUCGUGGAAAUCAUUUCAGCGAUAUCAACAAUACAGAACUGGAUGCCGUACUGGCAGUUCUCCAACUUUGUGACGAAUGGUUUCACACAUCAGCGGAGUGCUGUAAAGCAUACGACAAUUUUAAAAUCAGCGAAAAUAUUGUUUCAAUUCUCAAAAAAAUAUCAUUUAACAUGAACGAGACUAUUUAUCAUUGCCAAAUGAACGGUGUUGUAUGCAAGGCCAAGUUUGCCCAAACAAUCACUGAGGAGGGCAUCUGUAUGACCUUCAACGGAUUUUCGUCCGAAGAGAUGUUUCGCAAAAGCACUCUGCAUACAGAUUACGAGUAUCUCUCGGAAACACGUCUCAGCACAAACUGGAGUCUUGAAAGAGGCUACUACUCCAAUGCAAAUCUAAACUCCUACCCAAUCCGGGUACUGGGGUCUGGAUUCGGAGCAGGUCUGUAUAUUAACCUCGCGACAACAAAUACGGAUCUGGACUAUCACUGUCGCGAGGCUCAAGGAUUCAAGGUGCUGCUGCACAGCCCCAGCGACUAUCCGCAAGUGUCGAAGAAAUUCAUUCGAGUCACCCUAAAUCGUGACGUCACUAUUGCCAUCAAGCCCCAAAUCAUUGGAACAGAUAACGAACUGCACGAUUACUCACCGGACCGGCGAUUGUGUUUUUUCGAUCGCGAACGGGAAUUGAAAUUCUUCCAUGUUUACAGCCAGGGAAAUUGCGAACUGGAAUGUCUCACCAACUUUACCGAAAAAACGUGCGGUUGCGUUCGAUACUUUAUGCCACGCACCAACCAAACCAGAUCCUGCGAAACAUUUGAAAUUGGGUGCACGUUGAAAGCACAGAUAAAACUACUGGAGAUAAACGCAAUUAGUAGUAUCAACCGCCAAGCUGACAGUGAGCAUAAUUGCAACUGUUUACCGGCCUGCAACUCGAUUCAGUACGAUGCCGAAAUUACCCAAACGAUCUUCAAAUAUCAGGAAACACUACGCUUACGGUUAGGUCCAAUCAACGUCUCGUACGAAGACGCAAUUAAAAGUAAACACUUAUCGAAAAUCGAAAUUUAUUUCAAAGACGUCCAGUUUAUCACUUCUAAGCGAACAGAACUGUACGGUUUGACCGAUUUUGUGGCCAGUUGCGGUGGUAUCCUCGGCCUAUGCAUGGGCGUGAGUUUGCUCAGCUUGAUAGAGUUGCUGUAUUUCUGUUCAAUACGACCACUCUUGCUGGUGAAGAAUACUUUUCAACGCUAUUAA